AUGUCACUCGGCGGACAACAGCUCCUGGAGUACCUGGAGAAGCUGCCUGGGACAGCUUUUAGGAGGCUAUACCAGUCACCCGCAACAGCUCUGGCUAUCUUCCGCCGAAUGCUGUCUCACCAUGCCAAGGUUAUUGUCCGAGGCCUACUCUACAUGCCGGACCCGUUCCCUCUAACAUCCCUCGACAUAUGGUUCCCUCCAGAGUCCGGUGGGAAGAUACACCGCGAUCGCACCAUAGCCGCUCUACGAUCCCUCCACGUCCUACAGGUCUCACCGCCGGGUAAGGACCGGACCCAAGAAAUCCAAAUCACAACAAGCUUCAAGAAGGGCCUACAACUGGCCUUCGAAGGUGGCGGCGAAGAUGGUAGCUUUGGUGUUCCCAGUUCUCUGCCCGUCGAUCCCACCAUCGAUAUCGGCUACCUCGACAAGUACGCCCGCAAGAAGUGGGACGACAUCCUCCACUAUGUCGUCAACAGUCUCGGAGUCCAAAGCAGUUCCGAAGGGGUGAGCGGUCCCAAGGCCAGCGUUAAGGAACUGCUCCUGGCCGGUCGCCUCGUCGAACGCCGUCCCGACACCCGAACAGGCAUUGGCAUUACGCAAGCUGGUUUCACAUUCCUCCUUCAGGAGUCCAACGCCCAAGUAUGGACUUUGCUUCUCCUCUGGCUCGAAGCAGCUGACCACGCGGCCGACUCGGGCAUGGACAGCAUCGACAUGCUCUCUUUCCUCUUCAUGCUAUCCUCGCUCGAGCUCGGCACCGCCUACGACACCUCAGCCCUAACCGAAACCCGGCGGAAUAUGCUUCCCUCGCUCGUCGACUUCGGGCUGAUCUACUUCCCGCGCGACACGCGGCAGUUCUUCCCUACCCGCCUCGCCACAACCCUAACCAGCACCGCCUCGGCCCUGCGCACCGUCUCCUCGGCCUUCACCGCCGCGACAGCUAACCCUUCCGGCGAACCAGGCACGACGACCAGCACCAGCGGCGGUCCGGCCGGCGCCACCCCCGCCGAUAAAACCGGCACAUCAAAGGGCAUCAUCAUCGAGACCAAUUACCGCAUCUACGCUUACACCACCUCGCCCCUCCAAAUUGCCGUCCUGGCUCUCUUCUGCCAGCUUAACAUGCGUUUCCCCAACAUGGUCUCGGCCGCCUUACGCGCUAUCGGCUUCGGCAUCACAGCCGACCAGAUCAUUUCCUACCUGCACGCCCAUGCCCAUCAGCAGAUGGUUAGGGAAGCCACUGUGACGGGCAAGACGGUGUUGCCGCCGACGGUGGUGGACCAGAUCCGACUUUGGCAGCUGGAGAAUGAGCGGAUGCAGACGACGGCGGGAUUCCUGUUCAAGGACUUUGAGAGCACGGAGGAGUAUGCGGCGCUGUCGAGAUACGCCGAGGAGAUUGGCGUGCUGGUAUGGAAGAAUGAUAAGCGGCAGCUGUUCUUUGCUAGUAAGCAUGAGCAGUUGAGAGAUUAUUUGAAGAGUCGGAAGAAGGGGGAGUAG